AUGGAAAUAUCUAUUACUGACGCCGCCUAUCCUGGCUCAGAUGCCCAGCCCAAGAACAGCAAACGCAGGCGGAAAAAGUCCAUGGUCUGGGACCACUUCACAAUCGAGACUGUAAACCCCAACUGCACCAGGGCAUCCUGCAAUCAGUGCAAGAGAUCGUUCGCCUACAUAUCUGGCACAAAGUUAGCAGGCACCAGUCACCUAAAGCGGCACAUCGCAUCGGGAAUAUGCCCUGUUGUCCGGCACAGUAAGGAGAAAGACGAACUGAGUCCAGAAUCGCAGACUCCAAGAACCAAUAUAUCUGCAAAUGGGUCCAACUUACAAAGAAAACGGUAUAGGGCUGGCAAUGGAGUAGCCAGAAUCCAAUUGAAUGGCCAUAGCAGCAGUUAUAAUGUUAUUAACAGUACUAGUAAAAUCAAUGCUAGUAAUUUCAGCCAUGAACUUGCGAAAUUAAUAAUUCAGCACGACUAUCCGCUCUGCAUGGCCGAGCACUCUGGAUUUAUUGAUUUCGCUCGGAGCCUUCAGCCUCAGUUAAAUAUUAACAGUUUGGGCUCAGUGCAAGAGCAAAUCAUAGCAAUUUACAACAGAGGAAAGCAGAAGGUUGUGGAUCUUCUCACAGGAAUACCUGGACGGGUUAACUUGAUGUUGCAUCUGUGGACUUCAACUCAAGGCCUGGACUACUUUCUCCUAACGGGUCAGUUCACCGAUUACGACUGGAAAUUGCAAAGAAGGGUAUUGAAUUUUUCAGCUGUAAAUUUCCCCAAUUCCGAGAUGGCUUUUAAUGGCGCUGUGACUUGUAUAAAUGAGUGGAGCUUGGAAGGCAAGGUUUUUACUGUCAACCUCAACUCUGGUUGUCCGAAUGAAAAUGCCAGGGAGAAUCUCAGAAAUGUACUCUCUAUUAAGAACCCCGUUAUUCUAAAGGGCCAGCUUUUAAUCAAGAGUUGCUAUGCAUGUGUGUUGAGGAGCCUUGCGAUGGAUGCAAUAGGGUCCGUGAAGGAGGCUGUAGAGAAAGUACGCAAGUGCGUGAAGUAUAUCAAAACUUCGGGGGCCAACGAGGAGAAAUUUAACAAACUAAAACAGCUCCUCCAAGUCCCGAGCACAAGGGACCUAAUGAUGGAUGACGUGCACAAAUGGGACACCACCUUCCAAAUGCUGACGGCCGCCUGUGAAGUUAAACAGGUGUUCUCCUGUUUGGAUACUUCUGGUUUGGAGUACAAGUCUACCCCAUCCAUGGAAGAAUGGAGGUUGGUCGAGAUACUGUGCACGUUCUUGAAAAUAUUUCAAGAGUCUGCCCGUAAAUUAACCUCGCCCUUGUACCUGCCGGCCAAUAUGUUUUUCCGUGAAGCCAGCGAUAUAUAUCUUGAGCUGAUGCAUGCCGCUUGGAGCCAGGACCCGUUUAUUAGCACACUGAUUAAGCCGUUGCACGAGAAAUUCACUAAAUAUUGGGAGGAAAAUUUCUUGGUCUUGGCAACUGCUGCUGUGCUGGACCCGAGGAUUAAAGUGGAGCUUGUGGAGUCGAAACUUUUGUGCAUGUACGGUCAGGAUGUCAGGAAUUGGGCUUCAACUGUUGGUGAGAGCUUGCAUCAGCUUUAUGUCGAGUAUGAAGCCGAUAAUCUCGUUAAGUCAGAGGUGGUUGAACCACAUGAGGAUAUUCUUCUAACUGAAGGUGAUGAUUUAUUGAAUUUUGAUGUGGAUAUUUCUGAUUUCAUGGAGGAUCCAGAUAUAAAGUCGGAACUAGACGAGGGAUGUGUAGAGGAGCACGUUUUUCAUGAAAACAACAUGAAGUCGGGAUUAGAAAGGCAUCUGGAGGAAAACGUUUUUCAGGAAUCGCCCAUGAGUCUUGAGUUGGAUCGGUAUCUGCAGGAGCCCUUGGAGCCGUAUGAUCAGGAGAUUGAUGUGUUGGGCUGGUGGAGGAUGUGCAGGUCGAGAUAUCCGAUUUUGUCAAGGAUAGCUUGUGAUGUUUUGUCUGUUCCUUUUAUUGCCAUUCCUCCAGAAAAUGUGUUUGACGAUAGAGAGAAAAGGUUGGAACAGUAUGGAAGUUCGUUGUGUCCCAGGACAUUGCAAGCUGUCGUAUGUGCUAAGGAUUGGGUUGAACUGUGA